GCUGUAGUUUCCUGUGUGUCAGACUUCCAGUAAUGAUUAGUGUCACUUUUACCUCCCCAUGCCGUCACAGUGUGUGUCAACACGCUUUCUUCUGACACUUAACGGCAUCAAGACCAAACCAAGGAGUAUAUUCAGCGAAACACAAGAGGUUUGCAAUGGUGCAAUGUCUGGUGUUCACACUCUGGGUCUGUGCUGUGGCACUGCAUUCCCAUGGAAGUACAGAGAGAGUAUCUCAAACGACUGAGCCAAGUGUCUCUAGGAGCACAGACCCGACGGCUGAGACAGUUACUUUAGGACCAGUUGAGACCCAAAGCCCUGAUACACACACAGACCAGAGCAUAGAAGAAGAACAAGAACCACUUCCCUCAGACCCCUGUCAGGAUGAGGAGAUGGAUAAGAGCGUGUACCAGAGGGAUUCUCAUGGUGUUAUGCAGCUGGUUCAGGGAGAGGACUACAAAAACACUUGCAACCUAUCAGACACUCCAGGUGAACAGGCCCACUGUCUUAUCUACCCUACCAAUCAACUCAACUGCUCCUGGAAUUUCCAUGGUCUCCCUAACGACAGCCAAUCCUACGCCUCCGUCUUUGUGUGUAAGAACACUGAGAGAAUCUCCAGUGUGGACUGUGUCACUGAGGCCAUAGGAGGCCAAGGAGCCCAGGGAGGGACUGGAAAGGCUGACCGUGUGGUUGGAAAUGUGUCUACUGGGUGCCAAGGCAGUGUGGACAACAGCGCCACCUCGGUGAUCCUGACUUUCAACGUGUCAUGCUCUGACGUGUGGGGCAUCUACACCCAUAAAUACCAGACCAAAGAUAUUGAUGUGCUGGGCCCGCCCCCCGACAUCAACCCAGCCUGGGUCAGAGAGGGGGUUCUGCUGGUGCAGUGGGGUCUCCCAUCCAUUCGGUCAGCUGCUUCCACUACCAGCUGCUUCCACUACCAGCUACAGAUCAAUGGCCAGGUGAGGGACUUUAAGGAUUUACUGACAUACAAUGAGACCAACUUAGACCCCACACAUUCACACGAUGUGAAGAUGAGGGUGAGGAGGAGUAAAACCUGCAGAGGAUCUCAACACUGGAGCAGCUGGAGCAACACCACCAAGGUGGCCCCGUUUGAAUUUCCCAAUCAGCUGAACUCUCUGGUGGUCGUUGGCAUCGCUCUGGGAAUACCCAUGAUCCUCCUGUCUCUGCUGCUGCUGAUUCGACUCCAAAGGGAACGUCUGUUUCCCCACAUCCCUGGUCCCCCACUGAAGAUUAAACACCUCUUGGAGAGAGACGACCAGUUUCAGUUUGUCCCUCAGGCCCUGCAGUCCAAAUUUGUUGAGGAGAUCACAGUGGUGGAGGAAGCUAAGGAAACACCUGUGAAUUUGGCCAGUUAAACAAGAUGGCUUGUUUAAAGCCCAAUCAUCCUAAUCCCCUAGACUGUGUAAGGGACGAUUUGUAAGGAGGAUCCCCUUAGCAGAUGCAGUCAUUACCAUUUGUUAAUACCUAUCCAAUCCUUUCAAGAGUGGAUGCUACUUAUUGACAUGCAUUGUUCUUACAUGCUUAUUAGUGUCUACUCAAUGAAUUGUUCUAAUGUGCUCAGCUUCUACCAGUGUUGUAGAUCUCAAGACCGAGACCAGUCCAGUCUUGAGACCACAUAUUGGUCUUGUCUUGGUGUCAGCUACAUUCGUACUUGGUCUUGACUCGGUCUCGGACAGUGAGGACUCGUAAUUUCUUCCCUAUAGACGAGUGGAGUAAAAACACUCAAACAUAUAAACUCCUUUCUUGAAACAUUAUCUUAACAACCUUUAUCUAUUAUAGACAUGUUUACGCAGUGGUGAACCUAUAGGACUUCAGUGUGACAGGUUAGUACAGUGGUGAACCUAUAGGUCUUCAGUGUGUAACAGGUUAGUACAGUGGUGAACCUAUAGGUCUUCAGUGUGUGACAGUGGUGAACCUAUAGGACUUCAGUGUGUGACAGGUUGGUGAUUCUGAAAGGACAGCAACUGUAAUACCAGACACUCAUGUAGGAGAGUGCACUUUUUGUAAAACACAAAGGGACAGUGGUGUAGUGGAGUAUACGCAGGUAUUUUUUCAGUGGGCAUUGCCUAUACUCACUUAAUCCUAUUGAUGCGUAUCAAAGUAGUGUAGUGGAGGCAGUGGCGACCCAUCAUUAAGGGCAGUUCUUCAGUCCCACCUGUUUAGCAGGGGGUGUGCCUGUUUUGCAUGUUAUUUUGUCAUUAAUAUGUGUCACAUAUCAGUUUGAAAAAAAUGAUUGAGUUAAUAAAGCUUCAUACAAACAUGG